CGAAGUGAGCACCGCUCCAAAUUCGGAUUGGAGAAUUCAGAUUAUUAAUUAUACUAGGUUGUCUAAGACUAGCAUUACCAUGUAUACAUAUAAUCCUCUCGAGUGCCCAGAAAUAAUAUCAAUUAUAGUCGCAAACCUUUCAGUAUACGAUUUAGUGAACUAUCUUGAUAUUAAUCAAGCUUGGCAUGAUUCCAUACGCUAUGAGUUAUUUAGACGACUAGAUAACUAUAAAGCCGAAUAUCAACAAUUAAAAGUGGAGAUAGAAAAGGCAAAAGAUUUAUCUCUAAGGUGGGAUUUAGCGUCUAAAAGUGACAAAAUACAUGAUAAUAUAUUUUGGAUAGAAAUUCACCAAAAUAAGUUUUGCAAACUCUUUGAAUGGAUCCCCGAAUGGUAG